CACAGUCCACUUUGAUGAUGCGAGGCUCUUGUAGUCCAUCACUGGUACCCCCUCGCUGCGGGACUGUGAGUCCAGCCUCUUUGCAGCAGGAUUGAUGUCUCUGGUGGCUUUUUGGUGAGCGGGACGCGACGGGACAGCAGGACUCCAGCUUUGACCUAUGCAAUGUCCAACUUCUCAUCAUAGGAAAGAUUCACAGAAGACUCAAAGCCAACAGAAAAACUCUUCUACAAUCAUUGACGCCUCUGUGGAGAAAAAAAAUCAGCCAUCUACCUAAGAGUCUCAUAAAGCAACCAUGUCCAGGAGAAAGGUGAGAGGCCUGACCCGCAUGGGCCGUCAGGUCAGCGAGGACCCUGACCUGGACAACCUGCUGUCAACCCUGUCCCCAGAGGAGGUGGAGGAGCUCCAGGAUAUGAUAGAGGUGCCAGAUCUUAAACCAGAGGAUGGGAAGAAUGUCGUCCAAGGGGAGAACCAGACUCCUGUGAGCAAUAACAAAGGGGAUCCUAAAAAGAGGCUCAGUCAGAGAGAACAGUCUUUUGAGGAGCCAAAGAAAGAGAGCCGUAAGCAGGAAUACUUGAGGAAAAUGGGCCUGAGCCAAGAGGGGAAAGAUGACGUGAACGUAGGGUUGCGAAAACAAUCUAGUGUCUCAAGUGAUAAAGAUGCAAAGGUGGAAGAGAGAAGCCGCAGAGGUCUUGAAAGUCCAACAGAGGAGAGAAGUCGACUUUCAGGGAGAUACAGGAAGCUGGACAGCAAGGAUGGCGAUGCAAAAGAGGAGACCAAAGAGAAACUAGAGGACAAUAGGGUAAGAGAUAGGAGAGAAAACAGAGAGAGCGCAGGGAGCAAAACUAAGGAUAUGAUCUCUAAGUUGCAGGAAAAGAAGGAUGACAGCAAAGAGAAGGACAGGAAAGAAGACUGCAGGAGAAAAGAUGACAGCAAAACCAAGGAUAUUAUCUCAAAGCUGCGAGAAAAACAAGAAAAGGAUGCUGGCAAGGAAAAGGAGAGAAAAUCAGAGACUGUCAGGACACAGGGACUUGUUUCCAAGAUGGUGGAGAAGCAGAGCAAAGUGCAAGAAACCCCAGGUCCAGAGGGCAAGUCAGAAGAGAGGAAGGCUAAGACAGAGGAGAAAAAGGCUGAUGAGAAAAGCAAGCCUGAUGUCAAACUCCAAAGACAGCCAUCUGAGAAAGAUGAAGUGCAGGUGAAGAAUGAUAAAGCAGAGAAAAGAACAGAUCGAGAGGAGCUUGUUAACCACAGUGACCAUGUGAAAGAGAAAGAGAAGUUAGAGAAGAAUGACAAAGAGGAUGGUAAAGGAAAGGCUAAGAAAGUAGCAGAAGCAGGAAAAGUUGGCAACUGUGUUGCUAAAAACAGCCCAAACAGCAAGCCUGAAGAGGAGGAGGACGAAGACUCCAGCAUGUUCGAUGAGCUGAUGGAGCAGGUUCGAAGUGACGACCCCUCCCUCACUGAACUCAACGUGAACAACUCGGAGGUCAUCAAGACGAAGACGCUUAUUGAGUUUGCUGUAGCUUUGCAAAAGAACACCCAUGUUAAAGAGUUUGCUCUGGCUAAUUGUCGUGCAGAUGACCAUGUAGCAGACGCCAUUGCAGGAACCCUACGCAAAAACAAAACAAUCACUAGCAUCAACGUCGACUCCAACCACCUCACCGGCAAGGGCAUCCUGGCUCUGAUUCAGUCACUGCAGUACAACUCCACACUGACAGAGCUUCGCUUUCAAAAUCAGCGACACAUCUGUGGCGGGAAAACUGAGAUGGAGAUGGUCAAGAUCCUGAAGGAGAACACCACCCUCCUCAAACUGGGCUACCACUUUGAGUUAGCCGGUCCUAGGAUGACUUCGACGAACAUCCUGAGUCGAAACAUGGACCGGCAGAGGCAGAAGCGCUUACAGGAGCAGAAACAGGCCCAGGCCAAUGGGGAGAAGAAAGGUGGAGCACUGGACGUACCAAAGACAGGCAGUGGCGGAGGAUCUCUGAGAAACUCACCAAAAGCUUCUCCCAAGCCUUCACCCAUACCUUCACCCAUGCCAUCGCCAAAGCUGAUGCCGAAAAAAGGUGCUGGAGGUCCACCACCACCUCCACCUCCUCCUGGAGGUGGACCCCCACCUCCACCGCCUCCCAUGCUGGAUGUAGACUCCCUGAGGAACUCGUUGACGCCAGUGUCGCAGAGGAAGCUGGAUGGGAAAAGUCCGGGCGGUAGUCAGAACUCAAGGGACCAACUGCUUGCCUCGAUCAGAGGUAGCAACAUUAAACAACUCAAGAAGGUACCAGUGCCAAAGUGGUUGCAGUAAUAUCAUCUGUUUGAAUGUAAAAUGAAAAAGAGGGAGAUAAAGGACAUCUCACCAAAGUUUUUUAAAGACAUGAACUCUACAUUCCCCUAAUUUCAGCCGGAGAAUCGAGCUGUGGGAUUGAUGGAGCAAGUGACACAUGAGAUGCCCAUCAGUUGGCUAACGAGUCCUCACUAUGAGUUCUCCCUCAAACACUGGACCAAAAGGACUAUACGGAGAAGGAGUGACGCAGGGCUCUCUCUAUUAGCCGUCUGCAGUGGUUGUGUUGUCUUAAGAUCAUAAAGACGCUUUGCUGGUUAUUUGCACUAGUUAAUAUGAAGCUGAUCAUGUAACAUGUUGGCCGGUGUAUGCGUCUGAAUGUGAGUGUGGUGAAUAAGAGGUUCAUAUAGCUAAAAAUUCUAAUAUACAAGAGUUUAUCAUAGCGGAUAUUAAACUGACCUUUUAUUUAUUUGUGGAGAAGGAAUCCACCUUGUUCUUUUAAGUUUAAAAACUGCUCUAACUGGGAAACCUUAAAUGGCGGAAAUAUCAGGGAAUAAAAAAACAUGGCGCCCCUACUUUAGAAAAUCUGGGUAUUAAAGACAAAAGGUCAGGGCAGUCUUUGAAUGUGUGUCUCUUUGCCAAAUCUCAAACAUCUCAGGCAGGGUUUAAAGGAUUGGACAGCAGCCCAGUGGAGUCCUGGUGCAUGACAACAGAGCUUUAGCAUGGAAAUAAUGACAUCAUGUAUUUUUAAACCAGGAAGCACAAACGGCUGCCCUUCAAUGAGAGGCUUAAUUUUGUACAGAAUCAUUCUAGCCUGCUUGUUUGAAUACCUUCCAUAACUUGUAGUGUAACACAUCCCCGUAUCUUAACCUUAAGAGGAUGUUAAAAACAUUACUGGCUUAUAUCAACCCUACUGCUUAAGUGAAUGUCAUUUUUAAGGAAUUUAAUGUGAUAAACAACAACAACAACAAAAUAAUCCAGAGUGGCACUCACAUGUGCACUGUGUAAUGAAGACUUCUCUGUCAUAUCUGAUUACACAUGCCUUUCUUAUGGAGCCUGUAUGUCAAAAAUAAAAGAUUCUGGUAUGUUUGCAA